AUGCCCAAACACAAAAAACACGCAAAGAAAAUUUCAACCCUAUAUCAGAGUCUUGCAAAUAUUGAUUAUAUCGAUGGUCGUACCAUCGCGUGUCUAGUCAUUGGAAUUGCUCUAUCGCUGAGCUUUAUGCUGGUUGAAUGGUGGAAAGGAGACUAUGCGACAGUGCCUCCAAAAGUUAUAAAGGAUCGAGUGGUGAUUCUUUCAUCCGUAUUCACGGCAACAUUAGAUGGGGCUUAUUUCGUCGUAACUUACCAAGUCCCGAUCUGGUUUCAAGUCAUCGAAGACCUCUCAGCGAGCAACUCUGGUUACCAUAUCAUUUUACUCUUAGCAUGUUGCGUGAUGGGUGCAAUGGCUGGCACGACACUCACUGGGAAGCUACGCUACUACCACCCAUUCAUGAUUCUCGGUGCAGUCCUAUUGACCGUGGGGUCUGGAGUGCUGACGAGGCUACAUCCCGGCUACGAUUUACCUACCUGGGUCACUAGCGAAAUUCUGUGCGGUGCCGGUACAGGCCUCGCCACCGCUCUUCCGCUACUGGCUGUACAGGACGUUCUACCGCCUUCAGAAGUGUCGAUGGGGUACGCCGUUGUCUUGUCAGUGGGUUACUUGGGAUCGUCAAUCGCACUGGCUAUAUCACAGGCUAUCUUUGUGAGCCAACUGAAACUCGAUCUAGAUCAAAAGCUUCCCCAGAUAGAUCCAGAUAUUAUUGUGCACGCUGGUGCGACUGAUUUGCGCAGUGUUAUACCUCCAGAUUUGUAUCAGGAGACGGUGGAAAUUUACAACAUUGCGUUGAAUAAGGGGUGGUACGUCUCUGUGGCGUUGGCAGGCAUUUCAGUUCUCCUUGCACUGUGCUUUCCGUGGAAGAAAAUGGAUAUGAAGGAUAAGAAACGUGAUGAUGUGGAACCAAGUGAAUAA